CUCCAGCCCCGUCUCAAGCUGUCCCACCCUGCCUCCCCUCCCUCCUCUCCUCUUCCUGCUCCUCUUUCUCCUCCCUCCUGGCCCCCACAGGCCCACCUGGACUCCCAGUCAGCGUUCUCCCUCCAUGAGGGGCAGGGGGAGGCGCUUGGGGCCCUGGGGACGGACCCCCGGCCUCUUCAUAUUGAAACAUCUGAGAGCCUCUGGGACCUGGGACAACCAGCCUGCCACGAUGUCUCAACUUUAACAGACCUUUGUUCUGACCUGCCCGAGUUGGAGAUAGUGAGCCUCCUGUCUGAGGGUCAGCCCAGCUACACCCUGCGAGCGGACACGGUGUUCGGAUACGACCAUGACGACUGGCUGCACACCCCUCUGCUGACACCAAUCGUGGCUCUGGGACUCACACACGAGCAGAUAGAAGAGACGCUCAAGUACUUCUUGCUGUGCUCGGACAGAGUGGGCCAGGUCACCAAGACAUAUCAUGACAUCAAGGCGGUCACUCACCUGCUGGAGGAGAAAGAGCGGGAUCUCGAGCUAGCGGCGCGGAUCGGUCAAUCCCUGCUGAAACAGAACCAAGAAAUAACCGCACGCAAUGAAAUGCUGGAUGAGCAGCUGGAAAUAGCAAAGGAAGAGAUUGCUCAACUUCGCCAUGAGCUGACAAUGAGAGACGACCUCCUUCAGUUCUAUGCGAGCACCGAGGAGAUCGAGAACGCUGAAUCACGUUCCCCGAUAAAAAGAAAUGAGUCAUGCACUUCUCUCACCAACUUGGUCCACUACGACUUCCUGCAUCAGAAACUGAAGGGUCUGGAGGACGAGAACCGCAUGCUGCGAACAGAGGCCAGUGAUCUCACAACAGAGACAACCAACUACGAGGAGCAAGAGCAGGAGCUGAUGAUGGUGUGUGUGGAAGAACUCUCAUCCGUCAAUAAGCAGGUGGUGGACCUGUCAGAGGAGCUGGCGCGGAAAGUGGAGGACUUCUUCCGGCAGCAGGAGGAGAUCAGCUCGCUGCUCGCUCAGGCCGUGGACCUGCAGGCUCGCUGCAAAGGGAUCACACAUGAAAAUGAGGAGCUGAACCAACACCUGAGUGCCUCCCGUGAGAGCCAGCUAAAUCUUCAAUCAGAGCUCAAGGACCUGCGGGACAAGUACUCUCAGUGUGAGGACAUGCUCUGCGAGGCCCGAGAGGACAUCAAGAACCUGCGGAAUAAGAGCCUCCCCAACAGCACAGUGCAGCGCUACACCGCGAUGGCCUCCGUCCUCCCCAUGGACUCUCUGGCAGCCGAGAUUGAGGGCACCUUCCGCAAAGGCCUGGACACCCCCGCACCCUCAGAGUACAGGACCCACCCGUGGCGUGUGUUUGAAACGGUGAAGGUGGUGAACAAGGUUGCGAUGAGGCUGCGGUCUCGCUGCCCCUCCCCCGGGCUGCCCGGAUCCAGCCCGCUGUCGGCUCGCGCCAGCUGCACCAGCACCCCCAGGACCAGCUACUACGGCUCCGACAACGCCAGCCUCACCCUGGAGGACAAGCCAAACUGCAACAAUGCUCAGAAAGAAGACAACAGUGGGAGUGGGCCGAAGCGCCUGGGCCAGCCGGGCACCCCCGGGGGUCAGGACCUGGAGGCCGCCCUGCGCAGCCUGUCGGCCCGCCAGCAGAGCCACUCCUCUGAGCGGCCGUUCUUCGACGUGGAGCGCGAGCGGAAACUCCACGCCCUGGCAGCGGACUGCGAGGAGGCCGAGGGCUCCAGCGGCUUCCUGACGCCCAACGACAGCCUGGUCUCCAGCCCGGUCUCCAGCCCGGCCACCUCCACCGGCACCAACUACUCCAACGGCAGCUCCCGGCACUCGUGUGGCUCCUCAGGAGGAUCCAGGUCCUACCUGCCCGACCGCCUGCAGAUCGUCAAACCACUGGAAGGCUCGGUGACUCUGCACCAGUGGCAGCAGUUGGCCAAACCCAACCUGGGGGGCAUCCUGCACCCCCGCCCCGGCGUCCUGACGAAGGACUUCAGGGAGCUGGAGGUGGACAUACAGCACGUCUACAGUCUGAACGACCUGGAGGAGGACGAGCCUGACCUGUCGCAGCUCUCCGGAGCACAUGGCAUGGCCUCUCCAUCCAAACUCCCUCAGACCCCCCCCUCACAUCUAACAACCACCUGCCAAGUCCUCCAACCCUCCCUCCUCAUGUCCUCCUUCUCCACUAGCCUUCGCUCUUUCGGCCUGCCAUCUUGUAGGAACUGUGAGCUUGUGAACACUUCAUCGCCAUCCCACCAGCAGCACGUUGGCGCGGGAGGCCGGACCGCCACCUCAAAUGUAACCACUUCAUCGCUGGGACUCCUGCAGCUUUUGCAAGAGCGUGGCAUCUCAUCUUCUCCUCAUCCUCACCACUGCCUGCACUACAGCCACAGUGCAGAACCUUCACCCUUCACAGAGAGGGACAACAGUGGAGGAUUACAAUCUGACAAAGAGGGGAGAAGGAACGCUUUCAGUUUGAACUUGGUGGAGAAACUUCAAGGUCUGGGGUUGCACAGAGUGGCAGCUUUGGGGAUGACAGGCCACAGCGGGAGAGAGAAGCAGUCAAACCUCCUCUGAAGAGUUUAAACCGGACUGCUUCUCAGUUUAUUAACUUUAAAACCAGCCAUGUGUUCCCCGCUGUGUGGCGUUCAGAACCCACAGCUCUGACAAAAGCCACAGAAUGUGCUAGAGCCAUAUUUAAAGUUGUUGGUAGUGUACAGUUAUAUUAUUUUGUAUGAAUGUGUGUACAGUAGCUGUGUGUGUGUGACAUUCAUCUCAGGAACAUCACCUGAUCACCAGUCUGUUUGACUGCAACCUGCAACAGCUUAUUUUUUCACAAAAGAAUCAUGAAGAAAGAAACGUUUUAUACUGUGUUUUGUGAUUGUUAUUAUACAUAUUUUGCCUGCCGCCGGUUUUAAAGGGGACAUAUCAUGUAAAAAUACACUUAAUAAUGUACUUGUGCACAUUCAUGUGGGUGAAUCUGGAGUGACUAACAACCGAAAACUGUAAAAUAAAACUCUUUGGGCUGCCAUGGUCAGAAACAUGAGAUUCAAAAAGCCAUUUAAAUGAUGCUACCCUUACCUUCACCAAGUUGCACCAUAUUAUUCCCUUAAGCCAAUCAGAGUAGACUGUACUUUUUUAAAGAGGUGUCCUUAAAGAGACAGGGGCUAAAACGUUUCAGACAUAUAAAAGUAUAUCCAGUAGAAACCCAAUAACAAGUAUGAACAUGAAAAUGAACAUGAUAUGUCUCUUUUAAAAGGUCAUUUUUCCAAACUGGAACAUCACUUGUGUAUACUGUAACAAAAUUGUCUUUUGGGAAGUUAUGAAAAACUAUAUGCAGUAAAUUAUUGUUAGUUCAUCAAACCAAACCAAUGCUGUCACACUGAAGUACUUUCAAAAAAGAACCACUGAAAAACACUCUGGUCUUCCUGCUUAUUGGCUGCUACACUGAGCAGAGCAUGUUGUAUUGAUACGAGUUUAAGAGGCAUUGCGAUUAUGCACUGACUGAAAUAUACAAUGUUAAUGAUUUUGACAUCCAGCCGUCUGCUCUGAAGUUUAUUUGUUCUGGCUGCACAGAGAAUUGACUUUUUUAACUUGAUCGUGAGCAAAACUCACCAAAAAUAAAUCAGGUUGCCUCACUGUAUUAAAGACAGUGAAAGGGAUUUUUAAAUGCAAUAUAUAUUUACUGCACUGCGUUGACUGAGAAUCUUGCUUGUACAAAUCUGCUGCAUUUCACAUCAUCAGGACAUUUGAAAUUGCUUGGAUAUAAUGAAAAAGAAAGGGCAUUCAAAGUGAAUUCCCUGUGUUUUAAGGGCAAUCCUUAUUUAAAGACGAGUAGAGUGAUUUAAAACGGCAUGUUUCUUUGAAAUCUGUCCGAACAAUCAACUGUAGCAAAAAGGCAUAGGAUACUGUGGAUUUGAAAGGGAAGAAAUCAUAAACAGGUUAUCCUUAUAAUGUGUGUUAUGACGUAAAUCAACCAAACUGCACUAGUGUUUGCUCUGUUCUGUGUUAGCAUCACAGCUGUUAAUGUCAGUGUGUGUAUACCACCUGUGAAUAAAAACGUUGCAUUUCCA